UGCCUCGGCUUAUCUCUUUAGCCGUCGGUACAUUGCGUUUGUGGCCAAGAUAGCCUGACGUAUUGCAUCCAUGGCAAAGAUAGUCUGCUCGAGGUCUUUGAAGGCCAGUAUUAUCCUUCCGCCAUGGGCACACGGGCACCUUUUUAAUAUUCGCGAGUGGAAAAUUGCAGUCGGUAGGCCGUUGCGUUUCUGUUCACGAUGACGAUAAGCGACAAAGAGCCAUAAAACCCGCAACUGCUCACUGCACCGACGAUUGACACAAGCGACCACGCCGCUACAGUCGCGCCAUGGACUCCUCCAGGAGCUGGCUCGUGGCAGCCGGCUGCUGCUGGGUCAACAUCUUCUGCGUCGUCAUGAUCCGAUCCGGAGCCAUCGUCUACGUCGGCAUCAUAGAGACCUUCCAGGUGACGAGAGAAGAAGCCACCUGGCCGGGCACUGCGUCGGCCACAUGCUAUUUCACUGCAGCCCUGGUCGCGGGUGUACUUGCGAGGCACGUGGCGGUGUGGAAGAUUACCUUCACGGCGUGCAUUGUCGCUGCCGCCUCUGUGUCGUUAUGCUUCUUUGCGAACGGCGUCACCUACCUUGCCCUUCUGUACGGAGUCGUUCAUGGGUGGAGUGUCGGCCACGUAACCCUGUCAAGCACGGUGAUCAACCAGCACUUCGUCAAGUACCGCGCCGUGGCCUCUGGUCUCAACCUGGCUGGCUUCUCCGUGGGUGGCCUCAUCUUCCCGCCGACAAUCCAGUAUUUCAUCGACCAGUUUGGCUUUCGGGGUGCAUUUUUACUCGCCGGGGGGACCAUACUUAAUGCGACCGUCGGCACGCUCCUACAGCGCAUACCCGCGCCAGAACAGCCUGGUCAAGCGAAAGACAAACCUGCCAAACCUUUCGAGGUCAGUGAUAGGAGCGUACCUGGGUCAGGUGCCACCUCUUCAGCGCCUGCCGUUCCAGAAGUCAACUGCAAACCGGCCUCCGAUCUGGACAAGGCCUUUCAAGCAGAAAGCGUUCGUUCUAUCAGGGUUGCGGACGGUGACGACAAAGAAGGGAUGAUUGGAAUCUACGGAGCGCCUCGCGGAAGACACAGUUGGCAAUGUGGCGAGGAAAAUGAUGGCUUCGAGCCUUGUGAAACCACAAGUGGACAGGUAUCGAAAGAAAACAUUCAUGCGAUUCCGUGCACGGGGAGUUCUUCGAGCUUGGAUGAAAAAUUUUGUAGCAGCGCACGGGCAGCCGAAAGCGCGAGAAAACGAACGUCGGCGAUGGCAACUUUAGGAGCCCCAAUCCAAGGCGUCCGCCCGGCGCAAUACGGUGCUUGCAAUGAAAUUCGGGAUCGUGUCACGCACUUUCAGCCUACAGUACAAAAUACGGAGCAGAACUAUGGCGCGGUGCAUUCGCCUAGCGAACUUUCGGCGACUCGCGUUCAAAUGGCGGAUACGAAAGAGGCGCGAGCGCUCCCUGGAGGCGUGAAGGCUAAACUACUGGCCGCCAAGGAACUAUUGAGUUUCCUCGCGCUCACCAAGUUCUAUGCCGUAGCUAUGUCCAAGAUUGUGAUGGUAACAAAUUCAAGUAUAUUUUCAACCGUCAUCAUCGACUUUGCCCUGGACCACGGCAUAGACAGGUGGAAGGCGCUCACUUUGAUCUCGGCGUUCACUGCCACGGACCUGACGGCCAGGCUUACGUCUGGGUGGAUCACGGACCGAAAAAUCUUCUCGAGGAGCACGUUUGUGGCACUUUGCUUGGCGAUCUGGACAGCCGUCGACAUUUGCUUCGCGUUUUUUCACUCGUACGCCGUGCUCGUCAUUUUGUCCGGCGUCGCCGGCUGGUGCAACGGUUCGGCGCAGCCACUGGUGCCCGUGUUGUUCAUGGAAGUGGUGGACAUCAGCCGCUUCAGCCUGGCCUAUGGGCUCUGCGCCUUCUUAGUGGGACUUACAGCAUUUGCGAGGCCCUCCCUAGCAGGUUACUUCCGAGACACGCUGGGAAACUACUCUGGCCUGUUCCUCACAAUAGCGGCGUUCACAGGACUUUGUACGAUGCGUUGGAUUUACGCUGCCGUGCAAGAAAGAUGCUGUCGGGGCGGACGGAAGAAAUAAGCCACCACGGAAUUGCCGGAUUUUCUUCUCACGCACCCGUUUGCUUGCUGUGCAUUUGGACUAGCCGAAGAAAGUAUUAAAAAGGCCGAUCUCAAGGCGAUGCUAGGCGAUGCUAAAGGCAAUAAUUUCUGCCAGUCAUGACACGUACUGCAGUAGGCCUUCAACCCGCGAUGUAGCUGUUACAUUCAUAUUCUGGGCUGAAUCUGUUUUUUCGUGCAAUCGGUUUUUUUUUUGCCUGCCCAAGCAGGCGGCGACCAGCAGGGCGAGCGAUAUGCUUGCUCUACGGAGACAUGAAAGAAGGUAUCUCGCAAAGGCGGACGCGCAUGCUCACAUCGAUUUGGUCUUGAACCAGCUGCUACCCCUAGAUGUCACCCGCCGUGUAGUACCGAACGUACCUGAAGACGCAGCUCCCGUCUUCAUUCUGAAGGACACUCCGUUCCAUACACGACAGUCAACGCUGUGGAAGCUACGCAAGGAGAUCGGUCAAGAAAAGUUAUCACACCGCGCGUUCCGUGCAUGCUUCGCUGCGCGCCAACAGCGUUCGCACGCGCGAGCAUGCACGUGAGGCUCCUCGCGACGGAGUGAAAAAAAAAAAAAAAACUCGGAAAGAACAACAAAAAUAAAAAUGAUCCAGAACAACGCAUUAGCAGCCGUACACCACAGUGCGUUUGUCUCUAAGGAUUCAAACUUGUUUCAUUCAGUACAGAGCCUAUAAAAAAACAGUUGCUCACAAUUGCGGUCAAAAAAAAGAUAUCGUACUACAUCCAAGUGCGAACGAAGUCACUGCAAGAAGUCUCUCCGGCCUCCACAGCGUUGACUGCUAUGUAUGGAAAGGAGUGUAGAGGUACAGCUUGCACUGCAUACGUCUGACCGACUAGCCAGCUGCCAGUAAUCCUGAUCGUUUCCAAUCGCUAGGUCGGAGUCACCGAGGGCAUAUGGGACCGCCCUUUCUGACUCGUGACGAAAAUGCGGAAAGGGGGAGGAGGGGGUUGAAGCCGUCGAAUUGCGCGUCGCACAAGCCCGAGUUGGGACACGCCGUGUUGGCGGACCGACGAAGUCGGCGAAGAUGCCACGUGCGUCCUGCGUAAGGCGCUGCAGUCUCGAGGUUAUUGAAAUAACUCCUCUUGCUUUGAUCGUUUACCUGUAGCAGAGAUUUAAAGGCAGCGGGAUCGAUAAAAACAGCGACACUAAAGAACGAAUAAGAAGAGCCAAUAUUUAACGUCGCGCAAUUGAAACGACCUAUAGGAUGACGCGGUGGUGGCACUUUCACGGCCUUCCUUCCUCGGCUGGCGACUAUAGCCUUCUCGUGAAGUCGUAAUUCUAAGCACGAAACAUAUUUGGGGCGUAAACGUACUUUCUGCAGCGCGGCGCAUGCUCGAUCCUCGGACUUAUGUCGCGGCCCUGAUACAACGUGACAGUUUCGCAUAUACCGCGCAUGCGUGCAACAUGCCUUUCGGCCAUUAGUAAACAGGGUCCUUCGGCAUGAGACGGACGCACAGAUUCCGCCGCAGAAAGGUGAGCAUGUCUAUAGCUAGCCGGAGUGAGUAACUCUGGUAACUAUUCGUGGAUACCGUCUAUGCAGCUACUGCUGGUAUGCGCACAAAAAACACGAAGACUCUACUACUAUAUGUACUGUGCGAAAAGAAAUAACCGUCACCGUUAUAGAGUGACAUCUCUUUUCUUUAUUUUCAUUUUAAUAAGAAAGAAAUAAAGAAAAGACCCUCCAUUAGCUUUGUAAAUUAAGAAUUUCUGUAUUGUCUUAUGGUAAGAAUUCAACGAAAUGUGCAUUAAGUAUUACUCGAUCGCACCAAUAUUAAUAAAACCGGCGUUCUUUGUUUUGUAGGCAUAUAUUACUGUUUUGGGCGUCAUUUCUCUUGUUUUCGUUCUUUGUUAACAAGAUCUUGCUAUGCUUUGUAUGCUCAGCGGUUGUUCUGUUUUCUCCUUGUACUGUGCGCUAUUUAUUGUGAAUUUCCUAUAUUGUAUUGAUGUAACCCAUUCUUUUUUUCUUUUUAGUCUUAUACAAAUUUAUUGCGGUCUUCUUGUUUUCCACUUUAUCGAAUGUACCAACUCCCCUCUCUAAUGCCCUCGGGCCCUGAGGUUAAGGAAGUAAAUAAAAUAAACAAAUGACAACUUA